CUCACUUUGAGUUGGUAACUUCAGAUAGAGCCCCCAUCACUAAUGCAUAUUAGAAAGCCAUGGAAAUAAAACGAGAAGUAGCCUAUGGUAUUGUCCAAGGUUUGAGUGACUUCUGGAAAUGUGAAGAACUGCAAGAUUUUACUGUCAUACUUGGUACAAGAAAGUUUGCGUGUCAUGGGUUUCUCCUGGCAGCUUGCUCUGGGUUUUUUAGAGGACUGUUUAGAUCCGGCAUGAAAGAAACGGAACUAAAGUGUGUGACUGUAGAAGACAUCUCAAGUGAAACUUUUGAGUUGAUCCUGGAGACUCUGUACACUGGUCAUGGUGUUUUGACCAAUGACAGUAUUAUUGACAUCUGGGAAGCUGCACAGCAGUUACAAAUACCUUUUCUAAUUACAGAGUGUGAAGGUUUUGCAAAAGCAACAUUAUCUCUGGACAAUUACAUUGAAUAUUAUAAAACUGCCAAACUGUUUAACUCCAAAGAAGUAUUAGACAUUGUUUGGUCCUUUAUUCUAAAAAACACAAUAUCUUUCUUCCAAACAGACUUUUUUUUGGAGAUGCCAAUUUCGGAUGUUUUGAAACUGAUCAAAAGUCAAGAUCUUGAAGUACCCUCUGAAGAUGCUGUAGUUUAUUUCCUAUAUAAAUGGUUGGAAUUUAAACCUGGCCAGGAAGAUGACAUUUCUGAAAAUUCAGACAAAGAAUGUAUGUGCCUGAAUUCGGGUGAGAAAAGAAUCAGAACAGGCUACAACAGCUUUGAGACAUCAGAGAAUAAACCACCAAAUAAUGUUAUAACGAAUGAUGCAUCUGAUGAUAAUAGAAAACAAUAUCUUUGUGAUUUGAUGUCGAAUACAAGAACUUGUUUAUUUAGCCCUGAGUGUUUGGAAAAGUUGAUAAGUCACCCACUGAUUAGAGAAAGCAAAGAAGCCACAGAUAUUAUCAUUGAGGCUCUAUUUUACCAGUUUCAAGUUGGCAAACGCAAUGGACAGUGGCCACCUGGGGCUAUUUAUCGAAAUAAUGGCAACUUUAUUAACGCUGCAGUGGCUAUAUGUCAAAAUACAAACGAUGCAAUCGUGCAAGUAAAAGCGUUUUCGUUUGUAACCAAGCAAUGGCUUCAGCUACCAUGUUUGUAUAGCAAUUCAAGUGUUGCAUUUGUUGCUUUUGAUACAUCUCUCUACGCUAUAGGCGAGUCAGUUGCAGCGUACUCUAGGGGAAAUUUGUUCAAAACACAACUUUUGAAACUUACAAAUACCAGUUGGUCAGAAGUCAAUGUUUCUUUCAAUUUACCAUCCGAUCCUCGUGUGGUAGUGGCUGACGCUUUCAUUUAUAUUCUUUCAAAUAGAAGUAGAGAGGUCUGGCAGCUGGACCCCACAGCUGGAACAGCUAGUAAAAAGACUAACUUAAUGGAUAGAGCAAGAAUAUAUCACGUGACGAGUCAUAAACAUUUUUUACUUGCCUUUUUUAUCAAGGAUUCGCCCAAAAAAAUAACAGCAGUUGCUUGUUUUAAUGUGUCACAAAACACAUGGGUGAAACUUCAAAAUAUCAAAGGCCCUGCUCAAGGAAUGAUUAGUUUUAAGCAAAGACUUUCUACGUUUCUCCUGCAAACCAAUGGGAAUCUCUGGAGGGUUGGGUCAAAGAGUAACGAUGUGAAAAUCAAAAAAGUAACCAAACUUUGGAGUUGUGACUGGUCACCUCACGGAGCUGUCACUUUUAGGGAUGAACUCUACAUCUAUGGAGUGAAGUCUGAGGCUCUGGAACAAGAUUCCCAAAAACAAUGUUCCUUGGGUGGCAUUUUCAAUCAAAUAGUCUAUAUGGAAAGUGGGGGAACUGCAUCGUCAACAUUUAUACCAUUAACAUUGAGUCGACAAUGUUUAAUUAAGAUGUAGAUCUUUUAGUUUCUUCGGUGUUUGCCAGGCAGAAUUUUAGACCUUGUUUAACCAAUUUUAUAUUAUUAGUGGAUAACUCACUAAAAACAUAGAAAGGAUGAAUCCGCUAAUACUGAUCACUACUUCUCCUAUCUAUAUCUUUAUUUAGUGAUUGUUCAGAGAAAUAAAAAAAACUGCGUGGCCCUGACUCUUAGCGUUCCUUUUAAUUAUCAUCUAUCUCUUCCAGUAAACAUAAUUUACCAUCUAGUGGUACUAUUUGGACUGGUCCUCACCAAAUGGUACUUCAGUCGACUGGUCCUCACCUGGCGUUACUUCCUUUGACUGGUCCUCACCUGGUUGUACUUCAGUUGACAAAUAUGCGUAUAACAUAGUAUAUAGAUUUAGUAAAUAUAAAUCUAUUCGUAGUAGUUUUUCCACGUCUAAUUUGAAGUAAUAAUGCCUUUGAUUACUUUGUCUAGCUUAGUUCUUUGAGUCUCCCCUCUAGAGAAAGAUAUUUUCUAAACUACUUAAUUGCACUUUAUAAUAGUAUUGUUUUGUGUGUGUGUGUGACUAUUUAUCAUAUUUUCAACAUAUUUAUGCAAACGGUUUUAGAUUUUGUGUUUUUUUUUACAAUUGUAUUACUAAGUAAAUACGUUCUGACAUAGUAACUAGUACUACUACAUUUGAAAAGAAGUGUUCACUUUUUUUUUACAGAGAAAAAAAUCUAAGCGUGGUCGAGAGGCCAAGUGCGCUUGAACUUGGCUUGGCUAGAAGGGAACUCGAGGUUCGACACCCGACUCGGGCAGAGUUGUGUUUACUGAGCGCCUAAAGGCAGCACGGAAAACCAACUCCUAGAUACCCCCUCCCCCCCCCCAGCUGUACACAAAUGAGAUUGGACCAAAAGCACUCUGAGCAUGCUAUUAGCAUGAAAGUAGCGCUAUAUAAAAGCUAUAAUAAAUUUAGUAUGCAUAUAAGUGGAACAUAAUGUAAAACAACAAUUACAAAGUGGUUUUUCAUAUUAUCGCGUGAACUGCGGCGCUAUGUAAUCACUAUGGAACUCUUAACUAAAGGAAUUUUGUUUAUUUUUUUACGAAAUUUUUUUUUCAUUGAGGCUUUGAAUAAGAGAUUGACCCUUUACAAAACAAUUAGACCAAUUAGAUAAUCAUCGUAAGACAUCCGUUAGGCCAGGUUCACAUCUAACUUCACAUUCACUUUCACCUAUCCCUUGGUCUGCUGGACCGCUGGGGCACCACACAAGAUCUAUCAUCCUUCUUUCUCCAUUCUUCGCUCUCAUUUGCCUUUGAUAGAAUUUGAUUCUGAUAUUCUUUCUGAAAAUAUUGCCUUUUCACCUGCCUGGGUGGACCACGUCGGGGGCCGAUUUUGAGUUUGUGUUUCCACACAAACUGUCUUUGUAACCUUGUUUUAAUAGCUAUAUCUUGCUUCCGACCUACUCUGGCUACUUACAAAUAUAAAAGAAAAUGUUCAUAAACAAACGAGAGAUGAAUAAAGAAAUAAGAGACUAUUAGAGUUAGGCCAACAUCAUGCAUUUUGUGAAUUAUGUUCUGUUUGAGACAGUGCCUUUGCAAAUAAAUAGAAACUAUAUAUGAAGCAUAGGCUAUGUAGGAAGAUUGUGAGACGUAAUCAUCUUCUAUUUUUUAAGUAACGUCUUAUAAGAUAAGAUAAGAUCGUUUAGCAUGUAACAAAUAGUUUUUAUUUUCUUCCGCUCAGCCCUUUAUAUUUAUUUAGUGAGUUAUUUUCACGUGGGUCAUUAUUUGUAAUCUAAAUCAUAAUAACCGAUAAUAAUUGAACAAUCAUACUUUAAUUGUAACUUACAAUAUUGUCCAUCCUUUAUACAAAUCUUACAAUAUAUGCCUAUUGAUUUUAUUGAUUCUCUAUAGGAUUGUAUUUUAUAUUCUUUCUAAAUCUUUCACUAGUUCGCAGGAAUGGAUGGUAUUUAUCAUUAUUUUUUUUCCUCCCAUUGGUUUUUUGACAUUUUUAUAAUUACUUUCUAUGUUUGAUUCGUUUAGGCCCCACUCAGUGAACACGUGAUAUACUUUUAAUAAACUUUUUACUCAUGUUACAAU